UAGCUGCACCGCAUGCCGAGCAAUCUUUGCAACUCCCAUCUCUCAUCUCCACCCCUCACAUCCUCACACAUCACCGCAAAUCACAACCAGAAUACCACUCUUCAGCACCCAUCCACCUCUUCCCCUCUGCACACUUUGAGCAACCAUCAACCAUAGACCCCAUAAGCCGACAGGCAACCGCCAUCAUAAUACCACACAGCUCCUCCCACCGACACACGAUCUCCUCCUCGCUGCACACACCUCAUCCAUAAUCUGUCACUCGCCCCUCUCCCCCGCUCUCACCCGCCACUCCCAACACCGAACCCCCAAGAGCCGGCCUCAUCCGCUGGCGCAGUUUCCUCCUUGCAGCCUCCCGCCAUCCAGGCUUCCGAGCUGUGCGGGUCACUGACAGUACUGGAAUAGCUCUGCCUCCCUCGUCCUUUCGUCUGACGACUCCAGCCAGCCGCCCCCGCAUCAGUUGUGGCAGUUCCUGCUGGACCUCCUGCUGCUGCCAACUGCUCUCAUCCAGUGGACUGACUGCAUCACCGGAGGACUACGAGUUGACACCAUCCACCGCCCCGCCGAGCUGUCGCACAGCUCUGGGCAAGUGGCAACCAAAACUCGGCAUGAACUAUGCAAUGCUGGCCACGAGGCCUCUCGCUACUUACUUGGACGUCAAGAGGAAUCAAUAGAGAAAGUGGAGGGAAGAAGAGUUUGGACGUUAUCGCAUCAAACAUGGGUUCGCCGCUGCUCAUGACUGGUCCACGUCAAGCGGUGCCAUCAGGCUGUGCGACGUGACGACCAAUGUAGAGGAGACUGGUGUUGUCGAGUAGUUUUUCAGACCGCACUCUCCUCACGCCUAUUUUUCCUCUGUGUGUAAGAUUAUUUUUUGUCUCCUUCCCAUGUUGCAGUGUGUGCGCGCAUGCGUACGAGUUUUUGAACGUGGCGGCAACGUGGCAGUCGGCGAUGGCUCCGCGCACGCACGCGCGCACAAUGCGACCCGCUCUUCUUUGCUUCGACUGCGGCAGGGGUAUAUAUAUAAGCGCGGAGAAUAAUUGCUUUCGCCGCAUACAGAGUCAGAGGCGCUUUCUUUUCUGGGUUAGACCUAAUAUCUACGUCACUGACUACGACACUGCCGUAGUGUAACACUGGUGACUUUGCUCCUUGCGGUCUCGGUGGUGUUCUCUCACCCGUUACUGUGCCGGACCGACAGGUACGGUAUAGUCGCUUCGGCUUUGCGGCGCGUCGCGUGCUGCAUAUAUAUAAUUGACGGGGUUUCUGCCUUCAUCAAUUUUCACCUAGUGUUCUCAUAAUUGUAAUAUAAUGUCCUCUACUGCGGCCAAAAUGACUAUUAUAGAGAUGCAGCAUGUUUCCAUUGCCCACUUCAUGUAUAUAUAUACACACAACCAAAUCAUGCACCCUACAUUUACCAGCUGGUACAUACAAAACUACAAUUAUACAAAUAUCUGUCUCCCAUGCAGAUACUAAGGAGACGGUGGCAGAGCACCUCACGGGAGAGCAUAACGCUCAGUUUGACCAUGAAGCUUUCCUGGGGAAGAGUGAAUCAGACAAGUUUGACAAACUGACACCUCAGGAGGCAAAACGGAGACUGGGUUUGAUAGUGGAUCGGAUUGACACAGACAAGGAUGGAUUUGUGACCGAGAAAGAACUUGAGGCAUGGGUGGGACACGUUGGCAAAAGAUACAUCAUCGACAGUGUGAUGAGACUGGCACCACACUAUGACGCGGAUGGUGAUGAUUACAUCACGUUUGAUGAGUACCGUAAGAGAGCCAUUAGAGAAGAGAUUAAAGAUGAGAAUGCAAUCUAUGACACCAGAUACAAGAUCUCUUACAAGGACAUGAUCAAGCGAAAGAGAAAGCUCUUUGAAGCAGCUGAUCUGGACGGUGACAAGAAACUGACUAAGGAUGAGCUGGCUGACUUCCUACAUCCAGAGGAGGCACCCCACCUGAAGGAGAUGUACGUCAAGAACCGUAUGGAGGACAUGGACAGGAACAAAGACAUGUUUCUCACACUCUCAGAGUACAUCGAGGCGGAGGAGGUGGUGGUGGAUGUAGAUGAAGACCUCCAGGAAGAGUUUUUCAGAAAGGUCGACGCUCAGCUCCUGUCCAUUGACAAGUUCUUCAGCAAAGAGGAGGUCGACCUCCAAUUUGCCCUCUCAGAGCUGGAGGAACAGGUGAUGCAGGUGGGCAUGUUGUCGUACCGGAGGGCUGGGAAACAGCGAAGGGUCCUCAAACGAGCCCUCAGUGAGACAUACCUCAACCUCAUCCUCCUCCAGAACUUUCAGCAGCUCAACCACACCGGGUUCCGUAAGAUCCUCAAGAAGCACGACAAGCUGGCGCAGAGCUCGCGCGGGAAGGCCAAGUUUGUGCAGGGCGUGUGCCGUGCCCACUUCUGGACGUCCAAGAAGGUGACCAAGAUGAUAGAGCAGGCGGAGAAGAGCAUGAUCCAGCUGGAGGACGGGAACCGGAGCAAGGCCAUGAACAGGCUGCGGGUGCCGCCGCUGGGUACUGAGCAUCGCCGCUCCCACUGGACCUCCUACUUUGCCGGGCUGUUCAGCGGACUCUUGAUCCUCAGUAUUGUGGUGGUCUGCAUUGCGUUCAGCCAGUGGCCGACCAGGAGCUAUGCGGACCCCCACCUUGAACCUUCCCUGCGGGCCAUGCGGGCUGGACUCGUCCUCUCCAUCUGGUUCUACGGCUUUGCCGUCAACACCUUUGGCUGGAGGAGGGCCGGCGUGAACAACGUCCUCAUUUUCGAGUUUAAUCCCAGGGACUACCUCAAUUUCGUAGAGCUCUUUGCAGUGGCUGGUAUGAUCUCCGUCAUAUGGAUAACUGGUCUGUACCUGAUAGCCUUUGCUCCCUGGCUGCACAUCCCGGUCUAUGUGGGGCCCCUGGCGAUGUACGGUGUGUUGCUCUCUCUCCUCUUUCUCCCACUGCCUGUCGUCAGACCUCGCUCCAGAAUCUGGCUACUCAAAAGGCUGGGUCGCAUUGCUUGUGCUCCUUUUUUCCCUGUGACAUUUGCUGACUUCUGGAUUGCCGACCAGCUGACCAGCCUCAGUCUGGCCAUGCUCGACACAGAGUACUUCUUCUGCUACCUCUUCUAUGGCCAGAUUGCUCCAGAGGGCUCCACAUUCUCCUGUGGGACGGGGACGUAUGGUCUGAGGGUGGUGGUGGCGGUGCUGCCGGCCUGGUGGAGGUUUGCCCAGUGCAUGAGGAGGUACUACGACACCAAGGAGGCCAACCCCCACCUCAUCAACGCCGGCAAAUACUCUACCUCUUUUUUUGUCGUCGUGUUCUCUGCUGUGGCCAGUACUGUCAUAGAUGGCUCUCUGCCAUUCUUGGAGCAGAGUCUUCUAUAUCUGGCCAUCUUCUGUCUCUGGGUGCUGUCAGCCGUGGUCUCUACCUCCUACACCUUCUCCUGGGACAUUCUCAUGGACUGGAGUCUCUUCCCCAAUAUCCCCCAGCGCUGCUGCCGCAAAAAGGCCCUCACUAUGCGUGAGGAGAGAAUAUACACAUACAAGUUCUACUAUGUGCUGGCUCUUGUGGAGGACUUUCUGUUCCGCAUCCUGUGGAUAUUCAAUCUCUCUGUAGGCAACCACGUUUUGAAGCUAGUCAGCAACGACAUCAUUGCCACUGUGGCAGGAGUUCUGGAG